CUAUUGAAACCGCACAACAAAACAAACAGUCGUAACCAUUGUUUCAUUAACAACUCAAAACGAUGUCGUUGGUAACCGAAGAAAUCAAAUCGAAAUCAGAGGUAUAUCAUGGAGAUGAAAUGUGUCAACUAAAAUCCAAAGAGCUUCUUGCUGAAAUAAGUCUCCCCAACGGUUUGUUACCAUUGAAAGACAUCAUCGAAGUUGGUUACAACAGAGAAACAGGUUUUGUUUGGUUGAAACAGAAGAAAAGCAUAACACACAAGUUUGAAAAGAUUGGAAAACUUGUUUCUUAUGCUACUGAGGUUACAGCUCAUGUUGAGAAAGGUAAGAUUAAGAAACUGAGUGGUGUGAAAACCAAAGAGCUUUUCAUUUGGAUUACGCUUAGUGAUAUUUAUGUUGAUGAUCCACCUACUGGGAAAAUCACUUUUCAAACUCCUGCUGGACUUUCUAGGACUUUUCCAGUUUCAGCUUUUGAAGUUGAUGAGAAAUCAAGUGGUGUGAAAGAGAUUAAGAAAGUCAAUGAAACUGUUGGAACUGUUGGUGGUGUUAAAGAGGUCUAGUUUUGGAUCUCUCUAUUGGUUCAUGUGAUUGGUGGUGUCAGUUGAAAUUUCAAUUAUUAAGUUUACUCAUCAUGUAGGUGUUACUCCCAUAUAUUUAAAAUGAAAUGAAAUUUAUUCCUAUA